GUUUUGAAUUAUGAAUCAAUUGUUACAUAAUUGUCAAGAUUAGUUAGACCUAAUUUCAUUAAAUAAGACUUCAGAUUUUUUUUAAUUGAAGGGAAUUUGAAAAGGUAUUGUUCGGUGGUUAAAAGAAUAUAUUUAGAAAGGUACAAGUGUUUUAAGAGUGAGGCACAACAAUUUCGAAAAGGGUGAACGACCACCAAGGCACACCUUGAAACCUAACAAAUCGUUCAACGAAAAAUGUGACUGUCUGAGACAUUUCUUUAUCGAUUUUGUUUAAAAUUAUCUAGAAACAACAUUGACCCUGUGUACUACGCUAGGCGGUGCCGCCAUGCGCUUUUACUACCACUAUUUUUAACCACCCCGUCUAGCUCAGUCUAUCUACUUUUCAUCAAAGAGAAAAGGGCGGUAACUGACGUUUUAUAAAAGUUGUUUGGCUUGUAUCAAAAAUAUUUUAAAUCACUGCCUUACAAGGAUGGACGAUUCAACGCUAAACGGUAAGCCAUUUAAAAUUACAAAUGUUACUCGCGAAAUUCGAAAAGGUGUUGUUGCGAAUUCGUUGUCUGAUCUAACCUCAAAAGUGUGCGAAAAAUUCGGUUACGAUGACGAAGUAUCCGUCGUUUUGGAAGUAGAUGGGACAGAAAUAGACGACGAAGAAUACUUUGCAACCCUUGAGCCGCAUACAAAUCUUAUGAUUUUAAAAGGAGACCAAAAAUGGUGUCAACCUUCUCCACCUUGUCGUAUAUCUACUGAUCAGGUGGAUGAUAUAAAAGGGGGGCCUGAACUGGCCGGUUUGGUUGGAAAGCUUAAACAAAAUUUGUGUCACGUAUCCUUGCUGGGAGCUCCAGAUUUGGAAUUAUUGAGCGACAUGGAUCCUGAUUCCUUGGUUGACAUAACAUUCCCAGAUAAAAUAUUUCUGGAGCAACUUAAAGAAGCCUCAAGUCGAUUCUUAAGUGAAAAACGACAAGCCCAAGAUGCUCUCGAGCUGUUAAGAUUGUACCAUGAAAAGGAAACAGAAGAAAGAGAAGUACAACCGGAAUUGAUCAAUUAAUUGAAGAAGGAGCGAAAGAAUCAGUAACUAGAAGACUGACCAUCACUUUCAUAAUGUUUUUGGAGUAAUGUCUUUGCUCAAACACAAGCACGAUUGCCUAUUCAAACACCAAAGACACGUUGCUAUUGAAUCUAUAAGGUAAAACAAAAUUUUUGUCACUAAAGCACAGUCACAGUCCAUCACUACACAUCCAACAAGUUGCCCAUAAUAGAUAAUUAAUAGUACAUUAAUCGUAUGAGUAUUUAACUUGAUGUAGUAAUUUUGUAAUUUAUGUGUAUUUAGCUGUGAUAUAUUGAGUAAGUUUUGUUAAAUUAUACAAUUGUUGGGCCAGAACCAAAUAAUGAGAACAAACUCCCUUAUUGUAACAUAAAUUAAUAUUCCAAUUUUAUUAAUUUCUCCUUCAAUGAUUACAAACAAUUUUCAAAUUGCAAUUGCCUCUUAAUGUUUCCUAUGAUAUAAAUAAUAUGAAGUAAAAAUAUAAAUUUCAUGAGUAAUGCAACAAUAAUUACUGGAGCCUUAACAUAAAUAAAAGUUUGAAACCAUUUCCAAUAAAAACUUGUGAUAACAAUACAAAUGCAUAAAAUAUCGGGUGUUAAACUAAAAUUUCCUUUAAAGAUAAAUGGUCAUAACAAGCAGGGUAGACAUAUGGAAAGGGCCCCAGAAGUCAUAGGUCCCAUACAUUUCUUUGUUUCAAUAAAAUAUUAUAUGUUCAUAGGUUUUGUCAUCUUAUUUUAUCCCCUUUAUUCACUCACAAUCAGUGCACUUCCGGGGCCAAUCAUACCCUUUUUGGAGGGUUCAUAGAAAAAAAUUAAAAUUUGCACAAAAUUAUGAAACCUCUCGCUACGUGGGGCAAAUUACCUAUGCCUACUCACCCAACUAUAACUUAAUUAUAAUAUACACCCAGUAGAUUAUGUAUAAGGGGUAAACAAUUGUUAUACAUUAAAUCAGUCCCUUUUUCUAAUCAGUUUCGAAUACUAUCGCUCUAAUUUUUUAUACACUAUGCCUUAUUAUACCUUUUUAUGACAUCCACACACUUAACACAAUUUACCCUUCUUAAAUAUGUAGAUGUAUAGAUGGGUAUGUGUAAGUAAUCUGCAGAUUGAAAUUUUUAUAUAAUCUUUAUUUCAAUCAAGUUAGCUAUAUAAACUUUUAUUGAUAAAUAUAAAAGUUGUGCAAUUGGUUAAAACUGAAAAAAAGGUGCCAUUUCACUAUUAAAUGUUAGGGUUUCUUAAUAUGAAGUCAUAAGAUAAACUUUCAUCUUUUUCAAUUAAUUAAUACCUUGGUAAAUUUUUAAUUAUAAAUACGUAAGUACUAUAUUUUGUUUACCAAUUUUAAAGUUAGAAAGUUACUAUACAGGGUGUGUGAUGGCGAACUUUAUUUAAAAUUUUCACUAAAGGUCGAUAUAACACACCUGCUAUUAAAUAAUUAACUACAAAAAAAUACCUUGUUUAGAUAGUUCCUUCAAUACUACAUACCUAGUAUUUAUUAUUGAAAUAGGAGACUCGUUUUACAGUUUUACAUUAAAACGUGACUCCUAUUUCGCAAAAUAUUCUUUCGUCAUUUGUAGAACAAAAGAAAAGAUAAUCCUACUAUCAUUGCGUCCAUUCAUUAAUUCUCUUUCAUAUGUCUCACUAUUAUUUGCCAAAAUUGUCAAUUUAUAGUAUAAUGUGGAAUCAAUUUUUGUCGACUUGGGCACUUAUGUAAUGUUAUGAACUGUGGUCCACAUAACAGAUGUUGUUAGGCACAAAAUUAAAAUGUGUUAAAAUGUCUCAUUAUUGUUCAAACUGUUUGCAAGGAAGAAACAAGAAAAUCAUGAACGUGAAACUAAGGAAAGGAACUUGGCAUUCUUGUAUUCCAUUGGCCUAAGUGUGUUUAAAUUUUAAUCAUUUAACUACAUAGUAUGUACCAUGUGCUUUUAAGAAAUAGGGUUGUGGAUAUAUUAAUUGAGUUUAGAAUAUGUAUAUUUUCCGCUAAAAUGAGGAAAAUUAGCUUAUCAGUAGAAUGUCAAUGGAAAGAUAAACACAUUCGAUAAAAACAGGGUGUAUCCUUGAAAGUUUAAAUUUGUAUCUUUUAGCUAUAUCAUCUAUAGUGUUCUCAACCAAAUAAUCAGACGUGAAGAGAAAAGCUCUUUUGUGAUACACCCUGUACAUAUCUUCCUUUUGUGAAGCUGAUUGGCUUUUUAGACUGGUUCCUUUUGAACUGUUUUUACCGGUGUUGUACCGCAAUACUGAUUGAUUACGCUCAACUUUUACAAAGUGUUCCCUUUAGAUCCCUACUGAGACUAUUAUCGUAACUGUAACUUACAAUUAGUUUCUAAUCACGAAGAAGAAAAGAAAGAACUAAUGACAACACUUCUGAAUCUUAUUGUAACAAAUAAUAAACAUUCAUAACACAGCAAUUAUUUGAAUAGGUCUAAAUUUUACGAAAUAUUGUACACAUUAAGUGGUGUUUCCCCAAAAGUGCACAUUUAAUGCAAAAGAUGUAUAAAUGUUCUAACUUUUGCUCUGUAUAUGUUGCGUUAAGGAUGUUGUUACUACUGACAUUUUUAUCAGAAUUUUUGUACCCUUUUUAAACACUUCUUAAUGCAUGGAACCCCAUGUAAUCCUAAAAAUUUGUUAAUAAAAAUGUACUCGUUUAAGA